AUGGGCGGGCCCGGCAUUCACGUUCUCACUUCUCUCACAUUACCCCACCCUCGUUCUCACUUCUCUCACCCUCUUCACUCUCUCAUUCCAGAUCUCUUCACUCUCUUCCAUUUGUCACUCUCUCGUUUCCAUUCGCCACUCUCUCGUUCCCAGUUAUCGUUUUCUCACUCUUUCACUCAAAAAUCAAAGGAUUCCAUCAUUCUAUAUCUCACUCAGGUGAGUAAAGGACGUCGAGCCAGUUACCUCACUCUACAGGAUUUCAACAAGGUCAAAGUGGAAUGGAAGGGAAUUGGAAUUGCUGUUAGCUUCUUCAUUCAAUCCUGGUGCAUAUCACUGUUAGCUUCUUCAUUCAAUCCAGGUGCAAAUCCGUUGUACUUGAGGGUUCAGCCUAAUCAAAAUCUACCAAUUAAUGAAAUUGGUUCAACUGCAACGGCUGCACCUGUUGUACCUGAAUUAGUUAAUGCGCAACCUUCAAAGAAAAGUAAAUCUAUUGCAAAUGGUUCUAGGCAAUCAUCUGCUUGCUGGGAACAUUUUAUUAGGCUACCCGAUGACUUAGUUGAUGCUCCCACUGCAGCUUGCAAACACUGCCACAAAAAAUACUUGUGUGACCCUAGGACUCACGGCACCACCAACUUGAACCAUCAUAUUAAAAAAUGUCCUAAGAUGCCCCUUGCUGUGUCAACUGACCCCACACAAACUAUUCUAACAUACCCAACUGUAGAUGGUGACCUGGCUCAAGUUAGCUCUAGAUUUGACAUGAAAGCUUGUAGGAGUGCUUUGUCAAUUUUUGUAGUGCUAGAUGAGCAGCCAUUUAGUGCAGUGGAACGUGAAGGGUUUAAAUAUUAUUCUAAAGUAAUGCAGCCCCAGUUUUCCAUCCCAUCUAGGCGUACAGUAGCUAGGGACUGUUUUCAGCUACACUUGGAUGAAAAAGAAAAAUUAAAGGCCUUUUUUAAGUCUGACUGCAAUAGGGUAACACUUACUACUUAUUGUUGGAGUUCUCUACAAAAUCUCAACUACUUGACCCUUACGGCACACUUUGUGGAUAACGAAUGGAAGUACCAAAAAAGAAUUAUAAGCUUUGCCAUAAUACCAGACCACAAGGGUGGCACUGUAGGUAGGAAGAUUGAAGAAGUGUUAAAGGACCGGGGGAUUAGGAAUGUGUCAACCAUAACUGUUGAUAAUUCCACUGCAAAUGAUGUGGCUGUGACAUAUCUAAAGAAAAAAAUAGCAAAUAUGAAUGGGUUGAUGGGAGAUGGAGAAUGUUUUCAUAUGAGGUGUUCUGCUCAUAUUUUGAACUUGGUGGUAAAUGAGGGGUUGAAAGAUAAACAUUUAGCUGUAACUAGUGUUAGGGAUGCUGUUAGAUUUGUCAAGUCAUCACCUCAAAGGGGAGCCAAGUUUAAAGAAUGCAUUGAAUUUGCUGAAAUAACUUGUAGAAAAUUGGUUUGUCUCGAUGUUUCAACUCGUUGGAAAGCGACAUAUUUAAUGCUAGAGGCUGCGGAAAAGUUUCAAUUCGCAUUUGAAAAACUUGAGGAUGAAGACUCGAGCUACAAGGAGUUCUUUGGAAAAGGUAACCCCUCUAGUAGUGAUGAUUGGGACAUUGCUAGGGCUUUUUCCGAUUUUCUAAAGUUAUUCUAUGACGCAACUAAGAUUUUUUCCACCUCUCAAAAUGUGAGUUUGCAUACUUGUUUUCACCAAGUGUCUUCCAUUUAUUGUGAGUUGCAGCAAGCUACUAUGAACUUAAAUUAUAUUUUUGCAAGUGUGGGUGGGGAUAUGACGGAAAAGUAUAAUAAGUAUUGGGGGAGUGCUGAUAAGAUGAACAAAAUGAUAUAUUUUGGUAUAAUUCUUGAUCCAAGAUACAAGUUGAGAUUUAUUGAAUGGACUUUUAAGGAUCUGUAUGGAGUUGGAUCCAAGCUUGGUAGUGACUUGCUCAAAGCUAUAAAAGAGAGUUUACAAAAGUUGUAUGAUUGGUAUAAGCAAGCUUAUGACCAAAAACUCAAUUCUGACAGCCUCUUGGUAUUCUAUUAUGCUAUAUAUUGCUCAAGUAUUAUACUAUAA